AUGUCAUCGGAAAAACCGACGAUCAACGCACCUCUGGACAGCUUCAAAGUCAGUACACAGUUGCAAGUUCUGUUCCAGAGCACCAAGCCGAGGAUGGAGCCUUGCGAAACUCCCGACAAAAGCACAAUCGAACGAUUUAACUACCCUGUCGAAUUGCAUCCGGUGAACACAAGUGAUGGCUACCGCUUGACGAUGGCCCGCAUUCCUGCUGCCGGCAAGCCGGUGCUACUGCUUAUGCACUCAUUUCUAAGCUCGUCGGCUGAAUACACCGUUCUUGGACCGAAUAUGUCCCUAGCACUGGAAGCCUGGGACGGUGGAUUCGAUGUUUGGUUGGCCAAUGCAAGAGGAAAUACGUUUUCACGGUCCCAUCGCAGUUUAAAACCAACGGAGCCAGAGUUUUGGAACUUUAGUUUUCAUGAAGUUGGAGUUUACGAUCUACCGGCGAUGAUAGAUUACACGCUGACCGUCACUAAUCGGAAAAAGUUGCACUUCGUUGGACAUUCGCAAGGCGCGGUAAACUUUCUUGUAAUGGCUUCAAGCCUCCCGGAGUACAACUCCAAAAUUGCAAGUGCACAUCUGAAUUCUCCGGUGGUAUUUUGGUCGAAGAAUGCGAUUCCUUACAAUCUGCUUGACAGUGAAGCGAUUCCAGCUAUCCAGCUGAUGGAAGAGGUGGGUUACUACGAAAUUGGAGGUAGGACGAACGAACAUUUCGUCGACUAUCUAAAAGGUGCCAUCAAGUAUGGUCUAAUCGGCGAUGACUUUCUGCUGAUGGGAGUUUGGAUGCUACUCGGUGAGGAUCGGCAAGGGUUCAAUCGGUCUAACUUGAAUGCGAUUCUGGAGAUUUUCCCGGCCGGUGGUUCCAUCUGGCAGGCGAUCCAUUUUACGCAAACGUACCAAUCGGGCCGAUUUUGUCAGUACGAUUUUGGUGAAGAACAAAAUAUGGUGCGGUACGGUAAUGUGACACCACCCGAUUAUCAGUUGGAAAAGAUUACCGCUCCGAUUGCGUUGUACUAUGGAUUGAAUGAUCCGUUGCUUGUGGAAGAGGACUUAGACAAACUGGCGGCUCGUUUGCCGAAAUUGAUGCUGAAAUAUCGGCAUCCGGAUCCGAAGUGGAAUCAUAUUGAUUUUAUAUUUGGAAUCAAUGGGUAUGGCGUUCAUCAGGAUAUUUUGAAACUGGCGAGGAAUUAUGUUCAUUAG